AUGAACGAGACUUUAGGUCGCGGGUACGCCCGCAUUGAGGCGAUACGCGCGGCUAGGGGUGAGCCCCUGUCCUCGAUGCCGGACCCGGGGGCACCGCCGCCGGACCGGUACAACUCCGUGUACCUGACACUCUUUGUCGCCGGAGCUGCCUUCCUACUGCCCUUUAACAGUUUCAUCAUGGCCGUCGACUACUUCCAGAUGCAUUAUCCUAACACGACGAUUAUGUUCGACAUGUCCACUGUGUACAUAGCCUCCGCCUGCGUCGCUGUCUGCCUCAACAACCUCCUUCUGGAUCUGUUCACCUACAAUACUAGGAUCACUUUUGGUAUCCUAGUAUCUCUAGCGACAAUGUUGUUCGUGGCUGUAUGCAACAUCGGUUGGGACGGGUUUUCGACGCGCGUCUCCUACACUAUCAAUCUGGUCGCCAUAGGUGUGGUUGCGUUUGGCUGCACCGUGCAACAAGCUUCGUACUACGGGUUCACGGGAUGUCUGCCACCGAGAUACACCCAGGCUGUCAUGGCAGGCGAAAGUGCCGCCGGUUUUUGGGUAUCGCUGGACCGGAUUGUCACCAAGUACGGUUUCCGUCAGCCGCAAAGAAGCACAUUCAUGUUCUUUGUGUUCUCCAUACUGAUCCUGCUGGGACAUUCGAUGCUGCACCAUGUUAUGAUGCGCCACCCUCUCGUGCAACACUAUCUUCGGCUGACCAACGAGUCGAGACAUAGGAGACGCAUUCAACUGCAUUUAAACCCCAAUGAGGAUGCUACUUUGAUGGAAAGCGAGGCUGGUGAAGCAAGUUACGGAGUAUUGAAACUUCAGAGCCCUGUACUAUCAACUACUGGACAAGGCGAAAUCGAAACAAACGCAUUUAGUUUCGCCAACCCUGUUUACUCGCCAACUGCUGGCGCCCCAGUCCCAGCAGAGGGCGCUGUAGAGCCAUUUGGAGACGGCGUGACUUCAGAAACGUCGUCAGCCCUGCGUACCCCUCGACCUUCCUACAAAGUUGAAGACGUCGUCUUCGAGGCUCCCGAAAGACCUACUUCAUGGAGAGCGUUCAAACGUGGCGUGUUGGCUCGCUGGGCGGUGGCCCGUGCCAUCUAUCCGUACAUGGUAUCCAUCGGGCUGGUGUACUUCACCACGCUCAGUCUGUACCCUGGCAUAGCGUCUGAGGUCCCCUCCUGCCGCCUCGGGACCUGGAUGCCCAUCAUACUCAUGUCCUCCUUCAAUCUAUUCGACUUCAUCGGAAAAAUAGCAGCUGCUUGGCCGUAUGAGUGGAGUCGCAGCCAACUGCUGAUGGCGAGUGGUCUGAGGCUACUGCUCGUUCCUUUGAUGUUGCUGUGCGCUGCCCCCAGACAUUCUCCGCAUAUCGUUGGGGACGUCUAUCCAAUACUAUUUUCCGUGGCAUUAGGUUUUUCAAAUGGUCUGUUUGGCUCCGUACCAAUGAUACUAGCGCCAUCUCGUGUCGGUCGGGAGCAUCGGGAGAUUGCUGGAAACAUGAUGACUUUGUCAUACAACGGCGGUUUGCUAUCGGGUUCUCUAGUGUCCUACCUUCUUCUGGGUAUGCUGGGCCCGCCAGCUGGAGCCCCCUGCCGCGUGUACCCCACACCACCACUGCCCACUCUUCCACCAGCUACGCCACCUAACGUAACCUUCGCGGUCACUAUAUCGCACUAA